GAAGAUUUCCGACAUCUUGCCGAUUGUUUCAUUGGUUAGAACAUUGAACGCUAUUUGCGUGCGUUAGAAUUUCGUAGUUUCGAGCAACGUCCACAGUGCCUUCCUCAUCCAUCAGCUCUUCAGAGCAUUCUUAUUCUUCAUUGUCCCUCAUCACUUCGAGAACAUACCUAUGCUGAAGUGAUAUUCUUUUCUUCGCUCAAAUCUCGUAUCCAGCACGACCGUGGACACGAUAUUAACUCAUUUUGCUGCAAAUCUCCAGUGGCUCACGACCAGGAACUGGCCGUCAACGACUACUAAUCCCAUUUUGACCUCUAAAUUCCCUAACGCCUAUGGUAGCGAGCAUCAAUAGCAGCGACCUUUAUUCUCCCUUUCAGCAUCCUUCUAUGCUCGAGGAGGGACCGCAAUCUAGCGAGGAUGGCUCGGGUUUGCACUCCCCUGUCUUUGGUCAAAGUCAUGAUUUCCGGUAUCAGGAUCAAGCUGACAUUGAAGAUGCCGCAGGCAUCCUGCGUUUUGACUACACAUCGUCCAUAAUCCAGCAACAACAACCGCCGUUGAUUGAUACAACGCUAGUAACCCCGAGCCCAAAUGCACACCAUUCCAAUUUCUCUACAGAUUAUUCCAUUGCGGCUCGUAACCAGCCUGAUAUUCAAUAUCUACCCCAAACUUCGGUGAAUACUCGCGCAUCACAUUUCUCUCCGGGUCCAGGAGGCGAAGCCCUCGAUUUUAGGUAUAAUUCUUCAGAACGACGGUCGUCUGGAAGACAAUCCCAUGACCCAAUGGUUAGACGUGUUAUGGACGGAGAUCAACCACUUACCCCCGUGUCUCCUGUCGAACUUUCAGAAUCUUCUACUGCUUUCGCUGGUAAUCGGUCUCGAGAACGCAGGGAAACAUCAACUGUUGUCAUAGCGUGUCGUCAAUGUCGUAGCCGCAAAAUACGAUGUGACUCUGCUAGGCCCGUGUGCACCAAUUGCCACCGACGAAAGAAUGUUUGCGAGUAUGAUGCCGCACCAAAACGGAGAGGCCCAGAUAAACGUCCAGGGACUCGACGCAGAUCAUGUAAAAAGCGACCUGCUGAUGGAUCUACUCCCCCACCAUCUAAAAGAAAGAAAAUCGAAACUGACGAAGUUACUUCCACAAACCAAAUUUCGCCUUCCACAAAGUCGAAGACGGCAAUGACAGAGAGGAAGCGCUCUUUGUCAACGGAUAAGCACGGACAGGUCCCUAUUGAAAGCACUUAUGAAGAUACUCCUCCGGGAUUGCGCAUAUCAACUGAUAAUACUGUCAUCAAGAAUCAUCUAGGUCGAAGAUAUUCCUCUUCUAUGGACUAUGAUGACAUACACUAUAAAUCGCCUUAUCCUGGACCAUUGGAUAUCAACGUUCUCCGUCCUACUGAGAAGAUGGUUCACGAGAAAUUUCCCUCACCAUCAUCACCUUCAGUGGAGUCAGCACAACAUGAUUGGUGGGCUCGAUUCCUGACCACUCAUUCCAUCGGAGAUAUUGCGGCUGACGCAGAAUAUCUCUUUUCGGACACCGGGCACUGGCUUUCGUUCCUCAACCUCGAUUACUUUCUCCAGACUCUAUAUCAUCCUGAGGAUCGGCUUGCUAUUAGGCCUCCAUUGAUUCUUUCCAUAUUGGCCAUGGCGACGUUGAUGAAAUCGAGUCAAGCAGAAUUUGGUGUCAAAGGAAGAGAAAGGGCUCUGAUGUAUCGGGAGUCUGCUCGUGCCGCGCUGGAAUCCUCAUGGAACUCAGGAUGGUUAGACCCCAUGUUGGCUGAGGCUGCACUAAUUCUCACUCUGUUCGAAACCUCAGUUCAUCCCCAGUACAACCCUGACCGUAUCUCGGAGUCCCUUUUGCUCCUUGACGAUAUCAUUCGUCACCUGGGUCUUACCGGUAUUGACGCUUCUGAUCCCGACGUGUGUGUUUAUCCUCGGGGAAAUGUUCCCGUCGUAAUCACCUCGGGGCCUGACGAACGCGACCGCAAAUGCACUUGUAUACCCGUAGAUGCCACACACCCACCUGAUCCCGUCACAUCAUGGUCGUAUCCUCCACCCUGGGACUCCUCCUGGACACCUCUUCAGAUACGUGACGAAGAAUGUCGGCGAGUGUGCUGGUGCGCUGUUGGUCUUAUCGCGAGCUAUAACGCGCAAUGCGUAGCCUUUGAUCGCAAGUGUCCGAACCUUUUCCUCAGUGAUUGCAGUAAUUUCAAUUUAUUAUUCCCUGGAGAGGUGGUGGAUCGUGCUUCCCCUACUUAUCGCUCUGUUGAUUCACAUUCGCCAAAGGAGUCUGUGUGGGCGUUGUAUUGUCGGAGCAUGCUUCUCUGGAAUUACAGUAAUCACCUUUGCGACCAAUCUGAGUCACCAUCGGAAACAAAUGCUGAACUCGCGCAAGAAUCAUGGAGUGAAAGUCAAGCGAUUCAAGACUCUCUCGAAAUGCAUAUCUGCAAUCUAGAUACUGCAUUAAUAUACAUGACACGGGAGUAUAUAUACAAUACACGAAUCAAUCUUACCCAGGUCUUUCGUAGCUUACAAGGCCUGACUACCAGAAGUCGGAUCCUCAACCGGCGUCAAGCUCAAGACUGGCUCUACUAUCAGGAUCAGGUCAUUAAACGUGUGAAGAUAGGCAUACGGGAAAUUACAGAUCCUCGAGGGCAUCAACUCACUAGGCGGCCCUUCCAGGCUACCUGGUUUUCCAAUCAACUUUCUAUUUGCCUCAUGAUCUUUCACCACGAUCGUUCUCUAAUCACAGCACUCGACUUGGCCAAAUCUAUCGUCAUCCCUAUCGAUGUUAUGAAUGUAUUAUGGCCUUGUCCUUUGCAACAACGCCAUUGUGCAAUUCUUCGCGAGCAAUUGACUGAAGCUUGCAACUCUGCGGGUGUUGACCCACCAUCUGCUCCCGAAUUCUCGAUACCCCCUGCUCUUCAGACCAUGUAGUAUUUACCUUUCAACCUGCUAUAUUGUAUUCACUGAUAAUCCUCGUAACACAAUCUACCAUCACGAUCGUUGUCACUAUCUUGCAGCAUAUUUUACUACUUUACAUAUGCCUUAUAUUUCUUGUAGUCGUAGCAUUAUUAUCAACGGAUUGUAUUUGUCUUUCAAUGUAUGCAUGCCUUGGUCCCUCCUUCACCGCGCGCACUUCUUUCUUGCCUUUCAUGUCUUCAGAGGUUUUAACUGCUUUUUGGUCUCAUCUCAUCAUAAUUUUUUGGUCAACCUUUGGAAUGUUCACUAUCCUAGCACUACUCAAUUACAUCCAUUCACAACAUAGCUUCUAAGAGUGCCCAAUGAUUGAACGAGGUUGAUAAGCCUCCUCC